AGGGCCGUUGUCGGUGACGUACUUCCGAACGCGCGCGUGCUAGCCGAGAGACGUCUCCGGUCACUUCCCGUGCUGCGCGCAACAGCGGGAAAAUGGACGGACGCAAACGCUGGAGCAGUUUCGACGACGGCAGAGAAAUGAGGAGCUACAACGGCAGAGACAAGUUCAAGUUCCCCAGAACGAUGAGUGGCGCCAACCAGCAUUACGGCCAACAUUACAACGAGCAAUACAACGCGAAUUACAGCGCACAGCCCGGCGAGAACUACAACCAAGGUGCCAGCGAGCAUUACAACGAGCAUUACGCCGCGCCACUCGGCCCCGGAGCGAACCGCUACAGCGGCGACGCCGGCUUCCAGCGCUUUCCCGCGGAGCCCGGCGUCCAUCGAGCGCCGUGGAAUCAAAACAAGACGGAGGCCAUUUGCUGUUGCCCGGCACACGAAGGAAACAUGUGCGCCACGCUGGCCGCCGCCCUCCCGGGCCUGCUCGCUGGCGCCGGAGGACAAGGCGGGAUCAUGAUGAAACCUUUCCUGCAUUUUCCCGUCAACAACAACACCGCUGCUCCACCUGCGCCUCAUCUUUUCCCAAAUUUCAACGCGAUGGACCCGGUGCAGAAAGCGGUGCUCAAGCACACGUUCGGCGGCCGCGCAGGCGGGGCCAAGGCGAGGAGGAGCACGCAGCCGGUCGAGUGCAGCGUCUGCCGGAUCAAGUUCAACUCGGACUCGCAGGCGGAGGCGCACUACCGAGGCAGCCGUCACGCCAAAAAGCUGAAGAUGCAGCAGAGCAAGGAGGAGCACGACGAGGCGUCGGUCGACGCGGCCGCCAAAGACGGCGGCGAUGCUGGCCCCGCCCCUUCGACGGGAACGAGCGCCGUAUUCAACUCUUCUCUUGUCGCCGCAGAUGCGGCCCCCUGCGGCAGCGCGGCGGACCAGGCGGCCCCGCCCGCCGGCGAGUGGGACGGCGAGCGGGCCAAGAAGCUGCUCUACUGCUCGCUCUGCAAAGUCUCCGUCAACUCCCUCAUGCAGCUGGAGGCCCACAAUUCAGGCACCAAGCACAAGACCGCGUUGGACGCCCACGCCCGCGGCGGUUCGGGUCCCGUCAAAGCGUCGCCGCGAGCCGGCGCCAAGGUCAAGUCGCCUUCCAAGAGUUGCGCCCCUCAGAACAAAAGCUUCCACUGCGGAACCUGCAACAUCCUGGUCAACUCUGAGAUUCAACUCAAGCAGCACAUCUCCAGCAGGAAGCACAAAGACCGCCUGGCGGGGAAGCCCAGCAAGCCCAAAUUCAACAAAAGUCAACGCAUGGAGGUGAGCACGUCUUCUGAUUUGACCUCGCCGCCGCCUGCCCCCUCGUCCGGCUCUUUACCCCACCCCGCGCCCGGACCAAUCAGAGCCGGUCAAGGCUCCGCCCUCUUCGCGCCCUACUGAACCGGACGGCAACGUCGACAGGUAAGGCCGUCCCGGUGGCCUCCACGUUUGGAUCGGCGGCCUUAAGACGCCCGGCGUGCCAAAAAGCCGCCUGCGCCUUUUUCGGCGGCGUCCUGGAGCCUCGGACUUGAAUUCACUCCAGCUUGGAACGUGAACCGUUUUGGGGCCACAAUAAGCGUUGGAAAGUUCCUUCCUCUUCGGCCCGGGGGAGAAAUUCUCCACGGGAAAUCCCCGUCUUCGUCAUGGCCGAGUGUCGCUUUUGGAUGCCUCAAAGACUUUGUCGGUGGCGCAUUUGCAAAGAAACGAGACAUGCCCGGAAAAUGCGCCACACAUCCCCGACCUCCCGAAAUGUGGGCGCAGGCGCCCGUCAAAAGGAAGUGAAGAUGGCCCCGUUUGUUUGUGAAACGGAACCGUAGCGCUUGGGAAUCCGCCCGGGGAACCGGAUCCAAAAGGCCAGGGUCAAAUAAAAGGCCAGAAAUG